AUGGCCGAGCCUGGCACAAGCACGACGAAUCAACAGCAGGUCAGCAUAAAGCAAGAUAAUUCAGUUGAUCUGGAGAGGUUGUCGAUAAAUGAGCUCAAUGAACUCCUGAAAAAGCAAGAUAAGCUGGUCAGCAACAAACAAUUACUCUCAAAACUUAAAGAUAAAGGAGAGAAGAUAAUUUCAUUUCGGAACAAAAUUGCCGCCACAAUAAAACUGAAAGAAGAAGUUAAAAAUGCUGAAGUGAUGCUCGAAAAGUUGUCCUUAAACUCAAAGGAGAGCUCUGAAACAGUUCAUCACCGAAUUAAAAUCAUUGAAAAUGCACCGACAUCAACAGCGCCUCGCUUUAAUAUUCACCCUAAACCUGAAUCUACUGUCAAAGUUACUGAUUUGAAAAGUCGUGACUUCAAAGAAGUCAAAGUAAAGAUUGAAAUGCCAAAAGAAAUAAAAACUCUUGACUUUCAAGACUCUCUAAAGACUUUGGAAGAGGCUAACCAGAGGAAUAUGAGUGCUAUGGCUGAUCAGAUACUGCGCUUUAAGGCUAGUCGCAUUCCAGAUAGCAGCGACGAAAGUGAUGGUUAUGAAGAGGAAGAGGAAGAGGAAAAGGGCGAAGAGGAGGAGAAUGAUUACGAGGAUGAUGACGGACCACACGUUACCCACACCAUUCGCUUGACCUAA